UUUGUCUGAGCAUCUCAUCAGCACCAGGUCGCGGCCGGCGCGCCUUCUCUACGCGGAGGGACUUGGAAACUGCUGUGACGUCUGGCAUCGAACACUUCCGCCCAGAGGAUGCUAGACAGAAAAGAUAACCAGACUGGGGAAUAUAAUCUUUUUGUGUUUUGGAUGUCCUGAUAUUUUGUUAAUUUUAGGAGCAGAACGCCAGUUUGCAUCGCAGACUGUUGCGAACAGCAUAACCCAACCACUGCGAGAGGAACAAUAGAAAAUACGCACGAGAUCUCUCGCCCUCUCUUGCCGUGGUCGAAGAUGUCUGAAAAAAGUGACCUGAAAGCUGAGCUUGAGCGCAAAAAACAGCGCCUCGCUCAGAUCCGUGAGGAGAAGAAAAGGAAGGAGGAGGAGAGGAAAAAGAAAGAGUCGGAAUCUCAGCAGAAGACGGAGAGCGUGUCUGAGGAUUCGGAUUUAGACCGGAAGCGAAGAGAGACAGAGGCCCUUCUACAGAGUAUUGGGAUCUCACCGGAGCCCCCAUUAGUGCAGCCACUGCAGCUUUUAACAUGGGAUACCUGUUAUUUUCAUUAUUUAGUCCCAACCCCUAUGUCUCCCUCUUCGAAAUCAGUGAGCACGCCCAGCGAGGCCGGCAGCCAGGAGUCCGUAAACGGAGGGACAACCGGAAGAUAUAGGACCCUACAGUGGGAUACUGACCCCUCUGUUCUUCAGCUGUUGGACGAGUCUGACGCUGGCCGCAAGGUACAAAGACUCGGCCCCUCCAAAAUCACACAGGUGGAUAUACUGCCCAGGGAGCUCGUGACUUACUGUAAGGAAACUCAGACACCUCUGGCAUCUCAUCACUCAGAAGAGGAGGAGGAGGAUGAGGAGAUCCCAGUGCCUAAACCUGAGACUGAGACUGACCUGCAGGAUAAUGAGGACAAUCAGGAGCCCACAGAAGUUCACCCAAGAGAGCUGACAGAGGAGGAGAAGCAGCAGAUCACUCACUCUGAGGACUUCGUUGUGUUCUUUGACCGGACUAUUCGUGUGAUGGAGCGUGCCUUAGCCCAGGACUCAGACAUUUUCUUUGACUACAGCGGCCGUGACAUGGAAGACAGAGAUGGGGAUAUGCAGGCCGGAUCUAACUUGUCUUUCAAUCGAUUGUUCUAUGAUGAGCACUGGUCCAAACAUCGGGUUGUGACCUGUUUGGAUUGGUCCCCUCAGUACUCGGAGCUGCUGAUGACAUCUUACAAUAGCAAUGAAGAUGCCCCUCAUGAACCGGAUGGGGUUGUGUUAGUGUGGAACAUGAAAUUUAAGAAGAUGACACCUGAAUAUAUAUUUCACUGUCAAUCCUCAGUGAUGUCUGUAGGAUUUGCUCAGUUUCACCCCAACCUAGUGGUGGGAGGAACGUACUCAGGGCAGAUUGUGUUAUGGGAUAACCGCAGCCACAGACGAACCCCUGUGCAGAGGACCCCUCUUUCAUCCGCAGCACACACUCACCCUGUGUACUGCGUGAAUGUGGUUGGGACUCAAAAUGCCAACAACCUGAUAACGGUGUCCACAGAUGGAAAGAUGUGUUCCUGGAGUCUGGACAUGCUCUCCCAGCCUAUGGAGAGUAUGGAGCUGGUGUAUAAUAAGUCCAAACCUGUGGCGGUCACUGGAAUGGCAUUUCCUGCUGGUGAUGUGAACAAUUUUGUCGUGGGCAGCGAGGAGGGGACAGUGUACACAGCGUCCCGCCAUGGAAGUAAGGCUGGCAUUGGUGAGAUGUUUGAGGGACACCAAGGCCCAGUCACUGGCAUCAGUUGCCACAAUGCUCUUGGCCCUAUUGACUUCUCCCAUCUUUUCAUCACCUCCUCAUUUGACUGGACCGUGAAACUGUGGUCUACUAAGCACAACAAGCCUCUUUACUCCUUUGAGGACAACGCAGACUACGUCUAUGAUGUGAUGUGGUCACCAGUCCAUCCAGCACUCUUCGCGUCUGUAGAUGGAAUGGGCCGUUUGGACCUGUGGAACCUGAACAAUGACACAGAGGUGCCCACAGCCAGCGUGACAGUGGAAGGUGCCUGUGCCCUGAACCGAGUGAGAUGGGCAUCUGGGGGCCGGGAGGUGGCAGUGGGAGACUCAGAGGGUCAUGUCUGGAUCUACGAUGUAGGAGAGCAACUGGCAGUCCCACACCCCGAGGACUGGAACCGCUUUGCCCGCACGCUGGUGGAAAUCCGUGCCAACCAAGGAGAUGGUGAGGAGGAGGGUGCCGUGGAGAUGGCAGCUUAAGAACAGUUCAUCCACAUGCCGAUUUUAAAUCAAACAUUGAAGAUGCCAGAUUUAUCGGCUGACUCAGAAGCACACUCAAGCUUGGCUGUGAUCACACCUCAUUUUUUCAGCUCAUGCAGUGGAUCUAUUUAUACCAUAAGUGUCAAUGGCAAUAAUUCCUCUUUCUAGCAGCUCUGUUUAAUUCUUAGAAGUGUGUACCGGUGAAACAUUCAGAUGUAACGCUUGCAGUGAUAAUACAAUUGGAGUGAGCCAUGUUUGUUUGCCAAAAUCAGAAUGUUUGUUCUGUUCGCAAAUAUCUUGUAGGGCAUGUGCCUUUUAUGAUUGUGCUCUAAGUCAUCAUUUAUGUGUUGAAUGCAACAGGCAGAACACAAAUGCUGACAAAUAAAGGUGUGGGCUUACUAAUGUCUGUUGUUUAAAAAAUAUUGUAUUUAUCUUGUUUACCAAAUAAAAUACCAGGCCUAUUUGUCUUUCA